AUGAGUGCGCUCACGGCCCGGCGGGGACAGCUCCGUGGCCCCUCAAGGGUGACAGCGGUGCCUCUGGGAGCGGGGCGGGGGGCUGAGCCCGUCGGGCAGCGGCAGCGCCGGGCACCGCGCACCUUCUCCCGCAAUCGCCCGUGCGCGCCCGCAGGGACCCCGCGUGUGCUGCGGGUUUGCGUUCCAGAGUCACGGCGAAAGCGCCAACAUCCCCAGGAUUUGGGGUGUCACGUGCUCCUCUCGUUUUCCUAUUCUGCCAAAUAUCGACCCACACUCACGGGCCGAGGCGGCGGCUCCCAGCGCCCGCGGCGCGACCCGCGGAGGAGCAGCCGCCACCGCCGCCGCGCUUCCCCGCGGGCGCUGGCGAGCAAUGGACGCGUCCUUCCCGCGAAGUUUUCACGGAUGGGGACGGGACUAGCCGUGACCUGGAUACGCCGGCCGGUGUAUUGGACACCCGCCCCGCUACCCCCUGCGCCGCUGCUCGCCCCGCGCAAAGCUCCGCGCUACACUCACUCACCUCCCCUACGACAUGGUGGCGCGGCGGGGGGAGGAGGCGCGGCCCCCGGCUACUGGCAGCGAACCAUCCGGGAUCCCGCACCGCCACCCAGGGGAUGGAGAAAAUGUCCAGUCACCUGGGAACUGAGGCAACCAGGCUACUGUCGUGGGUACCUGAUGACUGUACUACUGGCUCUUAGAGGGAAAUAAAGACCUGGACAGGGAGCCUGACCACACUGAAGUCAAUGGCAUGGUUCUUGUUAACAUUGUAAAAUCCAGGUGUCUCAGACUGCCCUUUGGGAACUCUGCAACAGAAGAGGCAUGUGGCAAAAGGCAUCAAGACGAGUCUUUGUGUGAGAACAUAAUGUCCAGAAGUCAAAAAGAGACUGAAAUUCUAUCUGGGUAACAUAAAAACAACGAUCCCUCAAAAAAACUCUUGUAUAUAAAAUAACUUACAUGAGCACUUCAGGACUUAAUUCACAGUGUAGGGAAGUGAGUGGUGAGACUCCUCCACCUAUUGCAGGAGGUGUUGUGUAACACUCCUACAGCAGGUAUGCUCUUACACAAAAGAUAGUCCUAGCCUGAUAAGAGAAUUUUUUCAUAAAUCACAGUAAUCUUCACAGCAGAUACAGCAUUGCAUGUAGUUAAAAUGCUCUGAUUUGUAGCUGUAAAAAGUGGUGUUUUGGACCAAAAGAGAGACAAGCUUGAAUGGCACCUGAAAACUAUUUACAUGCACUCCAAUAACUGUGUGGACAAACACAGUGGUAAAUUCACAGCGUGGAUAACAGUCCUCAGAGCCAGAAACUCAGAAACAAAUGAACCUUUUGGCAUGAGCUCACAAUAUGAAAUCACUUUAAAUAAAAAUCACAAAAAACAUUAAGCCUUCUGGCCAUUUAUUCUGUGUUAUGCUGUGGUACUGCCUCUGCAGCCUAGAGGUGAUUAGCACAAAAUACCACUAAAUCUCUACCUGGUACAGAGAAAACCUUUAAAAAUCCUCUUAAUUAUCUGUCUGUGCCAGAAAACACAGUCAAGUUUUUCUAUAUUUUUAAUCAGUGUUGUUACUGUUGAGUCUUCUCAUGUUUAUUUUUUGUGAUUUAAAUACAAAGAUUUUGUUGAAAUAAUGUUCUUUGAUACAAAUAGUUUAGAGUGAAGAAUGUGGGCUAGCGAAGCUAAGUUAAUUAUUUUGUCUGAAUGCUUGGCAGAUGAAAAUGAUGAUAGACCUGGGACAUGUCUACACUGGGCAGGAAGGUGUGGUGCAGAAAUCCCCAGACGAACGCUGAACGAUGUAGCUCCAGACCUUGAACCAAAACAGCCACGUUUGCAUGGAGCUACUGACAGCAAGCUUCAAUAAGCUCAGGACCAGCCCUAAGGAAAUGCUGCUGGAUCACCAGCUUCCCAGCUGGCCACCAUGCAGUGCUGUGCUGCUUGGUUGGUGCUGGGAUUCAAGGAUUCAAGUCAGCCUCAGCCUAACCUGAAGCACAGAUCAAAAGAAACCAACGAAGAUGAACUGUGAGAAGAAGGUGCUUCUCCCCUAGUGGCAGCUGACUCUGGUUGGACGUUGGCUGACUUGUUUGCUUCCCUAAUUUUUUCCCCUAGUUUCUCAUAUUUUCAGCCUAUGUGAUGAAGAAGAACAGGGCAUGAAUGAGUCACUUUAAUGUCCACUACACAUCCUUGGUGUUCCAAGUAAAAGGCACAGGAAAGCUGGUUGGACUUCAUUCCUCCAACCAAAUGUCAGAAAUGUUGUUAAAUGGAAGGUUAGUUAAUCAUUUCAGAUUCCAUGUAUCUUAUCACAUGCAUUUACAUAAAGGUAAUUAUUUGUAUGGUACACUAAUUUGUUUGUAUUCCCUAUGGGAAAAAUCCUAGUUUAUAGGAAGGAAACCAGCAGUCACUUAAAAGAUGCAAAAACACUCCAGUGCCACCUUGUGCUACAGCCACCACCAGGAUGAGAAGAUGGAUGUGAACCAAGUGGUUCCUGUCUUCUUGGAGGAGUUGGAUUGGCAAGGGUCUAGAGAGGGGAAGAAGAAAGAGAAUGAUGGAGAGAGUGCAUUCACAACUAUCCCCAAGACAGAUGUAUUCCCUAAAAAGUGGAGCUCGGUCUCUUUGUAAGUCCUUUGCUGCAGAGACCACAACUGAGCUGUUUUUCUGUUUUGGAUGGAAGACCUAAUUCUCAUAAGUUACAUUACAAACUGACCUGUUCCACUGGAGGAGAAACAAUGGAGCUUUUUGUAAGGCUAUUAGUAGGUAAUUACAAAGCAAUUUGAAAAAAAAACAACCCAAAAAAGACCAUGCAUUAACUUCCUUGAGCCCAUGCUGCAGAGGUAGCCUGAUCUCUCUGCUAGGCAGGCAGGCCAGGUGAGUGGCUGCCGUGAGAUCUCACUCCCAUGGAAUCACAUCAUGCUCCCAUGGGUGUGGUGAGGAGACUUUUACAGCUUGGCAAAUGUUUGAGCUAUUGUUAUUAGUAGUUAUUUAUACAACUCUAUAACGUUAUACAGUUAUGUAAUACAGUCUGCAAGGCACCACUACUGAUUUGGUCACUAAUGUUUUGGGUGUAAAAUGAAAUUAUGGACUCUGGCCACAUCUUUGAAGGGAUGUAGGGCCUGCUGAACCUCUGCUGAGGAGCCAUGGGUAGAUGCAACCUACCCAUGUAUGUCUAGGAAGCACCAAGGAAUAUGAUUAAUCUUAUCAAUUUAGGCAUCUAAAGUCGCUUAGUCAUCCGUUUGGCAGGAAUUUAUCUUUGUGAUUUCUCUCGCUUCCAUAGUCACCACGGGCCCAAGGCUAGAUGUCUAAAUAAAUAUCAAAUUACAUCUGAAGCAGAGCAGCACCCCAACAUUCAAACAUACAGAGAAACCUAAGUGCCUCUCUCCCACCUGUGUCAAGCAGCCAAGGCUGCUUAAUCACUGCUCCACCAGCCAAGUCCUAAGGCAAUCCACCUCCUGUUUCUAAGCCUCCAGAUUCCUCGUUUGCAAUCCAUUCAUAAUUACCCAUGCAAAGCCUGAGUUGACCCCAGCUGGGCAGCUCUGGGAUGUGGCAGGGGAGCGGCUCUGGAGGUGUCCCUCCAGGAUGUGGCAGUGAGCAGCAGUUGUGGUGGCUAAGUCCACUUUACACCCCUCAAGUUGCCUUGAAAGUGGUCUCUCCUUACAAUACGGUGCUAGAAAGUUCUCCCUUUGUCUACAUGCUGCUGGUCACUGGCACU